UUAAAGCAGUAAACGAAACGAGUUUUCAAAAUUUAUUAUUUCUUACUAUCUUAAUAUUAGUAAGAAAAUAUUUAAUUUGCUUGACAUUCCCGCCUUCUGUUCCUUGUAUUACAUAACCUAAUGCCAUAGAAAUAAUAGAAAUCGUAGAAUAAGCCUGCUGAUGACUGAGCAACAGCAACCUAUUUAGCUUUGUUCUUUAGUUCCUAUUUUAAGGCUUUAAAAUUGCAGUAGGAAAUAGUUUUUUAAAAUAUAAUUUUUUUUGUAGACAUAAUAACCUAAAUAAAAAGUGAGUUACGAAUUACCCAUAUAAUUUAGCAUUAAAUAAUCCCUCAUUGUUGUUAAAUAAAAUCAAAAUUUCUCCACUAUGAGUGUUCCACAUGGAAAACAAGAAAUCACUGAUCCUGUUGAAGAAAUGUUAAAGAAAACCGGAUGUAUUAAUCAUCAUUACAAAGUCCAGGAAUGCAUAGCAGAAACACAAGACUGGAGGAAAUGCCAACGGCAAGUUUCUGAUUUUAGAAAAUGUAUGUCAGAGUAUGAAGAAAAGAGGAAACAAGGAUUAGUCACUUAAUUAGUAGGAUUUUUAUGAUCAAUGAACUGAUUCUGAUAAGUAAUAGAAAAUAAGAAUUUUCUAGUUAAUAAAUCUUUGAA